CCCGGGUCAAAACCGGUAGCCGGAGCUCCGAAACUCGAAUCGGGCUUUGUCAUUGCGCAGGAACAAAUCCCAGAUCCCAAAUCCCAAAUCCCAAAUACGGAAGAACGUCUGAUGAAAACGUUGGAUUCUCACAUUGCAAGAAAUCACGCAGAAACAAAGCAGGCCCAAGGGACUGACUGAUCUCUGCUCGCUACAGAUCUCUCGCUCAUCGGUUGGUGAUUCACCUGAAAACCCUAGAAAUUACGACAAAUCCGUCCUCGUUUCGUCUCCAAUCUGAAUCGCGGAGCGGAGUUCCCAAAUUUCCCUAAUCUCGACCUCAUCAAUUGUGAACACGCCAAUCACUUGCGAUGGUGGUCUGCAAAUGCCGCAAGGCAACUAAACUGUACUGUUUCGUACACAAGGUUCCUGUUUGCGGAGAAUGCAUAUGUUUCUCGGAGCACCAAAUAUGUGUGGUCCGAACUUACUCAGAAUGGGUAAUAGAUGGAGAGUAUGAUUGGCCCCCCAAAUGCUGCCUAUGUCAGGCUGUGAUUGAAGAGGGGACCGAUCCUCAAACUACUCGAUUGGGUUGCUUGCAUAUUAUACAUACAAAUUGCUUGGUCUCGCAUAUUAAAGGUUUUCCUCCUCACACUGCUCCGGCUGGAUAUCUCUGUCCUGCCUGUUCCAUCCCGAUAUGGCCUCCAAAAAUUAUAAAAGAUUCUGGAUCUCGCCUUCAUUCAAAGCUAAAGGAAGCAAUUAUGCAGACUGGUCUUGAAAAGAAUCUGUUUGGAAGUCAUCCAGUUUCCUUGCCAACAGAAUUCCGUACUCCUCCUCCUGCUUUUGCAUCAGAUCCACUGAUGGAUGUCUCUGCCACUGGCAAUAGCUCAGCCAUAGUGGGAAAAGAUACAGAAGGAUUCUCAGCUGCAACUGGAACAGGCACAAAUGAUAUUGUGGAGAUAGAAGGCCCUAGUUCAAUGAAUUCCUCUCUAUCUAAUCAGCACUCCAGUUUUAUGAAAAGUGCAAGUCCUGCUGGUCCUGGUGCUACAACCCGAAAGAGUGCUGUCCAAGUUGAUAGACAAAACUCUGAAAUUUCGUAUUAUGCUGAUGAUGAUGAAGAUGGGAAUCAGAAGAAGUACACAAGGAGGGGUUCUUUCCGCCAUAAGUUUUUUAGGUCGUUGCUACCUUUCUGGUCGAGUGCAUUACCAACACUACCAGUAACUGUACCUCCACGGAAAGAUUCGUCAAAUGCAGAUGAUAUCCCAGAGGGCCGAGUGCGCCACCAAAGAUCUUCAAGGAUGGAUCCAAGAAAAAUUCUUCUCAUCAUAGCCAUCAUGGCAUGCAUGGCUACAAUGGGCAUUCUGUACUACAGACUUGCGCAGCGUGGUUUUGGCGAGGAGUUGCUGGAUGAUGAGCAGCAGCAGCAGAAGCAGCAGUGAUCCAAAGUUUUUGUACUUAAAAAAAGAAGAGAGGCCAUUACAAUGGCCUGAAUGAAGCUGUGUAUGGAUCGGAUUUCCUCCUCCUAUUGCAAAUGUGUCUGUUACUUCUUCUGCUUGGUGAGGUCCCUUUCUGUGAAAAUAUUCGCUUUAUUCAUAGUGCAGCUGCCGCAUGAAAAAUUGAUUGAUCCUCUGCUACUGUAAGGAAUUUUCAUUUCUGUUUGUGUUGUAGUAUUCUUCCUUUAGCAAAACUGACAUCGUUGAUCUUUUCUUUUCUUUUCUUUUCUUUUUUUGUUGGAUGGCAAAGCCAGAUGAGGAUAAAAUUAUUUCUUUAAAAUGAUUUAUUUGCAAGUAUAUUAGUUAUC